GCACGUCUGUAUCGGGUCGCAACGUUCUUUGUCAAAUCCGUUCGGCGACAUAACAAUCCAAAAAAACAAAACAUUCUUUUAGCUUUCUGUUUUGUUUAUAUAUAUAUAUUACCUCUACACAAAGAUAAUCUCGGAUGCACAACAAAAGAAGAAGAAGAACAGAGAAGUCCUUUCACAAAUUUCAACUUGAAGAACCCUAAUUUGAGGACGAUUAAGUCAGAUAGGUGGUUUAUCCAAGGGAUAUAAAAAGCUGUAGGCUGAGAAGAAAAUUAGUGUAGGAUGGAUCGAGUGUUUUCAAGAGAGCAAGAUCUUGAAUUAGACAUUGAAGUUGGUCGAUCUGAUGUUACACGAGAAUCCACAUCAGCUACGGUUUCAGGCAAUGGGGACUGGAGUGAACGGGUGAAUUUCAGUGCAUCUGAAAGAAUUGCUGAUGAUCUGGUCUAUACAUUACUGGGUGACGAUAUCAGGGUAGGCACAAACAGUCAAAGUUUGGAUCUUUCAGAGAAAAAAUGCGAUAAUGAAAAGUUUAAGAAGUCUAGAAAAGCUUCAAAGCCUCCAAGACCGCCAAAAGGCCCUUCCUUGAGUGCAAAUGACCAUAAGUUCAUGAGGGAAAUAGCAGAGCUUGCUAUGAGAAAGCGGGAAAGGAUUGAACGGAUGAAAAAUUCCCUUAAAAGAAUGAAAGCAGCCAAGUCUUCGUCAUCAUCAUCUUCAUGCAUUAGCAUUUCCUCAAUGAUAGCAACGCUUCUGUUCUUCGUCUUUCUAGUUGUCCAAGGCUUCUUCACGGGAAAUUCGAGCUUGAGUUCAGACAAAUCACCUGCACCUAUUGUUUCACCUACCAACCAAUUGAUAUCAGUUCAGUUCUACAAUGAAUUUGCUCCCGUUGAGCAAACCGAUCCCAGCCCGACCACCUCAUUCAGGUACACGAGGAAGCGCAUAUCUGGUGCGGAAGAAGGAGACUCCAGAGACGUUACUAGAUGAGUUCUAUGUUUGGUCUUGAGUCAAACUGUUAACUCUUUUUCCUAAAGUUUUGUUCUUUCCCUUGUCUCUCCUUUGUAUAGGCUUAAAGUUUUGUAAAAACGACUUCUUUCAAACAAUGAUCCUGACCUUCACCAA